AAAGGAGAUGAUGACAAGAGCUUCGAGGAGCUGGGGUUAGACAUUCGUUUGAUUCGAGCUCUGACUAAGAAGGGCAUAGAAAAGCCCACUCCUAUCCAACAAGUAGCUAUUCCUCUGAUACUCGAGGGCAAAGAUGUGGUUGCGCGAGCCAAGACCGGCUCCGGGAAGACUUUUGCUUACCUUCUUCUUCUGCUUCAGAAGCCCUCCACUGAUGCUACCUGCAAAAACAAGCUUGCUCCGGCGGUUUUCAUUCUGGUCCCGACUCGCGAACUGUCCCAGCAGGUUUACUCAGAGGUGGUAUCACUAGUCGAGCUAGGUCGAGUUCAGCUGAAAGUUCUACGGUUGACGAGCAGCAGGCCUGCUUCUGAUUUGCGAACUGCAAUGGCGGGGCCACCUGAUAUUCUGGUAUCUACUUCCGGUUGCGUAACUAAAUGCUUGUCUCUUGGUGUGGUUGUGCCAGAUUCCAUUAGCCGUUCGCUUGAAGUUCUGGUGCUCGAUGAGGCAGAUCUUCUGUUGUCAUAUGGGUAUGAAGAUGAUUUAAAAGCUCUUACAGUUUUUGUCCCAAGGCGUUGUCAAUGCCUUCUCAUGUCUGCUACCUCAAGUGCUGAUGUUGAGAAACUGAAGAAGGGUAUUACAUAAUCUCUUUAGCUGGUAUUACAUAAUCUCUUUAUUUUGACUUUGCCAGAAGUAGGAGAGGUUAAAGAUGAUGUUAUCCCCAAAAAUGUUCAGCAAUACUGGUUCGGAAUCAAAUCUGCUGUUUUAAAUGCUGAGUUGCCUCAGAAUUCUCGUCUCCAUAUCCUUGAGGGGAAUUUAAUGCCGGGAUUUUUUGAUUAUUUGAUUGCAAUCAAUGACAGUGAAACAAAAGAGAAGGAACCCACUAAUCGGGAAAGUAAUGUAGAGUCAAGAAAGUCUAAGAGGCCUAUAAAGCCAAAGUUGGAUGCUGAAUUUGGGGUGGUGAGGGGAAUUGACUUCAAAAAUGUUUACACGGUAAUAAACUUUGAAAUGCCCCCAAGUGUAUUGGGAUAUGUACAUAAAAUUGGAUGUACUGGAAGAGCCUACAGUUCUGGUGCUUCUAUUUCUCUUGUUUCCACAGAUGAGAUGGAAAUUUUUGAGGAGAUAAAAUCCUUUAUCGGGGAUGAUCAAAAUGAGGAAUCAGACAUUAUUACUCUGUCCUCAAUGCUUACUACAAAUGCAGUGGAGUCUUUAAGAAAUAGGGCUGAGGUGACUAUUCUUCAUCAUCAACCCCAUACAUUGUAUCAGUAAUUUUUAAUGAAAUAGUUGAAGUAUUUUCACGAUUUUUUCUCUCUCUCAUAACCUUUGUUUUUUAUUUGUACAUCACAACCUUAGUUAAUAUGUCCAUUUUGGGGUUAUCUUGAUUUGGAUUGGAAUAAGAGAAUCUGAAUUCUACGGGCAACUUAAUCAUUUGCCAAAUGGCUUUUAGAGAAGACCCAAAUCAUUGGUAGGGUUGUGUUGCCGGAUAUGGCAAAGAGUGUGACAAAAAUUUCUGUUAGAGAAUCACGGGCUCAGGACUUGAGGAAUGAGAUUCUCAACUCUGAAAAGCUGCAGGCUCGUUUUGAAGUUAAUCCAAUGGAUUUAGAUCUAUUGAAACAUGACAAGGUUUUGAGCAAGAAGCCGCUUGCUCCCCAUUUAUGAGAUGUUCCUGACUACCUAUUGGAUGGAAAAACUCAUGAAGCCAUCAGGGGGUUAAGCUUGCAAGUGCUGCAAUGGGAAAGAACACCGUCACUCUUCGCCAAGGAUUCAAGAGAAAAUUCAGAAAAACUGGAGAGGAUCCUCUAAAGACUUUCUCCGCGGAGGUUUCAGGAAGAGGAAACAGACAUAGGUCGAAUAAAGAAGGGAAAAACAAUGAUACCUUUAGACAGAAAGAAG